AUGCAUCAUCCCACCACUAUCCUCACCCUCGCUUUCCUCUUACUUCCCCUUUCUACUUUCGUCUACGCUGGUCUCGCCGAUAGCGGAAGUGUAACUGGUAACGACAGUGGAAAUCAAAAUGGGAACAUCAAUCCCAACACCAAUGCCAACGCAAACGCAAAUCAGAAUCAGAACCAGAACCAGAAUGAAAAUGAAAAUGAAAAUGAAAAUACCAACAUCAACACCAAUAUCAACAUCAACGACAACGACAACGAAAACAACAAUUCCAACACUAACAACAACAAUGGAAAUGGCAAUAAUAACAACAACGACAACAAUUCUCCCCACAUAGUCUACACAACCGAGAUUGUCACCGCGCUCACCACUUAUUGUCCUUCUGCUACCGAAAUCGAACAGAACGGCAUUACGUAUACGGUGACUGAAGCUUUUACUCUUACUAUUACUGAUUGUCCCUGCACACUCUCGCGCUCGCUUCCCUUAGAUCUAGCUCUAGCUUCUAUCGUCUCUGAAUCAGAACUCGCUACACCUCCAUCCAGCACCGCUACCCUCCUCCCCCUUUCCUCACUCCCCACAUCCAUCCUCCCCCCACCAAUCAACGUCGCAAUCCUCACUCCUUCUAUCCUCCCCUCCAUUCUUCCCUCCGCUAUCCUCCCCGCUAUAACUAAAUCUCCCGACUCUCCCGAAAUUCUCUCUGCAUUGCCAGCUCUUCCCACCGGUACAUCCGAUCAACCAGUAACCAAUGCAUUUUCGAGCGGACUCGCAGAUAACAACAAUAAUAACUCACCAGCGCAAUUUCUUGGCGCGGCGGGGAGAAGUAGAAGUGGGGUGAGGGGUUGGAGUGUGGUAGGUAGAGGUUUGGGGGUUGUUAUUGGGGGUCUAGUUUAUUAG